CGGGGGGAGUCCCGGCGGGAUUGACCCGCUUGGAAGGGAAACGAUCAUGCGACCUCGUUCCCUCCCUAGGGAUUUGAAGCUGGGCCAGACAGCGGAGGGAAAUGUGACCGUCGCUGCACCGAGCCCGGGAGUGAAGAGAACGCUGCGCUGGAGGAGAGGCAGUGGGAAACCCACUGAGGGAGGAUCGAGGGGUCCCCCAUCCCCACAGUGCAGAGCAGUGAGCACCAGGAGCCGCUCCGCCUGGGGUCGGGGACACUGUUCUUUCCACCGGACCGCAGAACCCGUCCGAGCCUGAUGAGAAGCUCGUGAACCUAUGCAGACCAGGAAGAAAUACAUUUUCCUGACUUUCCUCGCCUCUUGGCUUCUGCUUUUCUUCUUUGGAAGAGAGCAGCUGCGCCGUUUCGCUUUCUUUCCCAGGAGGAACGUCGCAGCACGCAGGAGUUGGCCCCGCUGGGCGGAUCGUGCCCUCCUGCACAGCUUUGCGGAGCCCAGGGAGCUGCAGGGCAGCGGUGACACAGCGCAGCCCUCACCCCGAGCCCGGCGGGCGGCACAGCUGAGCACAUCCCAGGGCAGCCGGUGCCGCAUGGAGAGCUGCUUCGACGCCUCCCGCUGCCAGAAUGGCUUCAAGGUGUUCACGUACCCGCGGGAGCACGGUGAGCCCAUGUCGGAGAGCUACAGCAAGAUCCUCGCCUCCAUCGAGAGCUCACGUUACUACACCCCGCAUCCCGAGGAAGCCUGUCUCUUCGUGCUGAGCAUCGACACGUUGGACCGCGACCCCCUCUCUGCUCACUACAUCCGCAGCGUGGAGCAGAGGAUCCGCUCCUUCCCGUUGUGGAACAGCGGCCGCAACCACCUCAUCUUCAACCUGUAUGCGGGCACCUGGCCCAACUACACUGAAGAGCUGGGUUUUGACAUCGGCCACGCCAUGCUGGCCAAGGCCAGCUUCCACAGCAAGAACUUCAGGCCCGGUUUUGAUGUCUCCAUCCCUCUCUUCCCCAGGGAGCACCCGCAGCGCGGCGGGCAGAGCGGGUGGCUGCACCACAACUCGGUGCCCCCAAAAAAGAAAUAUUUGUUGGUGUUCAAGGGGAAACGUUACCUGACCGGGAUCGGCUCUGGUACCAGGAAUGCUCUGCACCACAUCCACAACGGGAGGGACAUCGUGUCACUCACCACCUGCAGGCAUGGCAAGGACUGGGAGAGGCACAAGGACACGCGCUGCGACCAGGACAACGUGGACUAUGAAAAGUUCGACUACCAGGAGCUGCUGCACAACUCCACCUUCUGCAUCGUGCCCCGUGGCCGGCGUCUGGGCUCCUUCCGCUUCCUGGAGGCACUGCAGGCUGCCUGCAUCCCAGUGCUGCUGAGCGACGGCUGGGAGCUGCCCUUCUCUGAGGCCAUUGACUGGGGCAAAGCGGCCGUGGUGGGCAGUGAGCGACUGCUCCUGCAGAUCCCCUCUGCUGUCCGCUGCAUCCGCCCGGAGCGCGUGCUGGCAUUCCAACAGCAGACCCAGUUCCUGUGGGACGCGUACUUCUCCUCUGUCGACAAGAUCGUGCACACCACACUGGAGAUCAUUCGGGAUCGGCUGCUCCCGCACCGCUCACGGUCCCGCAUCCUCUGGAAUGCACUGCCUGGAGGGCUGCUGGCACUGCCCGACUUCUCCACGCACCUCGGGGACUUUCCCUUCUACUACCUGCAGCACGGCUCUGGCCCCUCUGACAAGUUCACAGCACUGCUCCGGGCUGCUCCCCCGUUGGGCUCCCUCUCCCAGCCCACCCUCAAGCUCAUCCAGGCCAUCUCCAGGUCCCAGUACUGUGCACAGAUCCUGGUGCUGUGGAGCUGCGAGAAGCCACCACCACCGAGUGAGACAUGGCCACAGACUGCUGUGCCUCUCACCAUCAUCCAGGGCAGGACGAAGCUCAGCGACCGCUUCUUCCCAUACUCAGCCAUUGGGACGGACGCAGUGCUCAGCCUGGAUGAGCACACCAGCCUCUCCACCAGCGAGGUGGAUUUUGCCUUUGUGGUGUGGCGCAGCUUCCCUGAGCGCAUCGUGGGCUUCUCUGCAUGGAGCCACUUCUGGGAUCCCGAGCAGAAGCGCUGGGGCUACACCUCCAGGUGGACCAACAAGCUCUCCAUCGUCCUCACCACCGCCGCCUUCUACCACAGGUAUUACCACAGCCUCUUCACGGAGUACCUCCCCGCGGGGCUGCGGGAGCUGGUGGACAGCCUGACCGCCUGCGAGGACAUCCUUAUGAACCUGCUGGUGGCUGCUGUCACCAAGCUGCCUCCCAUCAAGGUCACACAGUGGAAGCAGCACAAAGAAGCUGCGUCUCAGCCGGUGAAGGACACAACAGCAGGCAGCACCCGGCGUUUCUCCCAGCAGCAGGAUUGCCUCAACCAGCUGGUGGACUGGUUUGGCUCCAUGCCCCUCGUAUCCUCCCAGCUGCGCCUCGACCCAGUGCUCUUCAAGGACCAGGUCUCUGUCCUGCGCAAGAAAUAUCGCUACUUGGAGAAGCCCUGAGCUCAGCCGUGCAACCCAAACCCCUGCACAGACCUCGCAGGGCAUGGCACAGCCCUCCUGGACCAAGCGCUGCCACGGGGCUUUAUUCCUGAUUGGGUUUUACCAGUACAAUAAAGAUCUGUGGAGGUGCAAAGUCUGACAUG